AUGGAUCAAACUGUUCGAGAAACAUCAGCUCGAGCAGUCGCAGCAGAUUUUCUCUCACGCUUAAAAAAAAAAGGAGACGACAAUCGAUUGAAAGUAGCCAGACAACUUUAUAAUUAUGUAAAUGGAGAGUUAAGAGAUAACAGUGAUCAGUUUAUAGAAGAAUUUUUCGCUACCUUCGACGCUAAAGUUGAUCAAAGUGCUAUUCACACAUUAAUAACAAGUAUGGAUGGUGAUGAAAGGAAAGCAGGGAUAUUUUUAAUAGCUUGUUUGGUUGAAAAUGCUGGGGAUGAAGCAAAACGUGUUCCUCGUUUUGCGAAGUAUCUUUUGAAAGCACUCAUACAGGGUGAUGAAGCAGGUAUGAAACUAGCCGCUAGAGCGAUAGUAUAUUUGAUUCAGACGUCGAAAACUUUUGCAGCUGAAUUAGUAGAAAAGUCCAUUAAUCAGGUAUGUGAAUGGCUUGAAGAAUCUGAAAGGUUCGAAUCACGUCGACUUGCUGCCGUUCUUCUAGCAAAGCAAUUGGCUUUGUAUACGUCUACAUCAUUUUUCUUACGUGCAUCUAAUUUCUUUUCAAAUAUUUUCAAAGUCAUCAGGGAUCCCAAAGUUUCGAUACGUAUAGCAGCAACUAAAGCGUUGCAUGCCGCUCUCGCCGUUACAUCACAACGUGAAGCACGUCAAAAAUCAGAAUGGUAUUGGCACUGUUACGAAGAAGCAAUAAGUUGUUUGAAGUUUGAUGCUUUAAGUCGAGAUGAAAGACAGCAUUCAAUGCUUCUGAUAUUAAAUGAACUGCUUCGUAUUGGCAAUGCUGCAGCGGAACGCCAACGUAUUUUGGCACUUGGUCGCCAACCCCAGCAAAAUGUUCGAACAGUAAUUGGGUCAAAUGCAGUUGACUGGCUCACAGAGCGUACACAUUCAGUGACUGUUGAUAGUCGAACUGCUAAUCAACUUAUUGCUGAAAAAUUUGACGAUAUUUAUCGUGUGUGUAAUCUUGCAUAUACUUCACGUUAUGUUUACUGUCAGGCAACAUUGCUUGAAAUUUUACCUCGUCUUUCUUCAUUUCAAAAGACGCAGUUAGCAAAAGCUACGGUAUUUGAUAUCGACAUAAAUGCAAUGUUCAACCAUGCUUUGAUGAUGACAGCUAAACAUACAUUUGCUCUAUUUACUCUUGGUUUAUUAGUCCUUGAUCGUCCUAAAGAACUCUUGUCAAGAGUGCCUCGUCUUUUCGCUGUGAUACAGAUGCAGUUGCAAACCGCAGCAAACAAGCAUAAAUUGGUUGACGAACAUAUUUUUUUGUGCUUGACGUUAGUUAUUCAUGCGCUGAAAGAAAAUAUAGAGACAGAAGUUAAGGCAUUAUUACCGAUUUUGUUCUCGACGGGCCUUUCAAAAGGAUUAACGGAUGUUGCGUACGAAAUAAUACAGUCAUUACCUAGAUUAAAGACUGAAAUACUUGAUGGUUUGUUGAAAGAACUUUGUCAGUUGUUGAUGAACCGUAAGCUACCUAGUAAACUUGAUCCACCAACGGAGCCUCUAAUGCCAACUGGACCAGUGAAUGUCACUAAUGUAGUAUUGACAAAUCUUGCUUUGGCCACUCUUGGUCGAUUUGAAUUCCAACGACAUGCUCUUCAAAUGUUUAUAAAUUAUAUUGCUCACGGUUACUUAUCCUGCGAUUGCAUAGAGGUGCGUUUAGCUGCAGUAGAUUGUUGUGCCAGGAUGUUGACUCCGUUUGUGAGAGUUUUUGAAUCUUUCGGUUGUGCUGACAAAAAUCAGCGAUUCAAUGUUUUGAAUUUAAUUCAGUCUGUCCUUCGGCAGUUGGUCAUGGUUGCUGUUGUUGACCCAUCAGUGGAAGUACGCUUAAGAGUUUUACAGUGCUUCAAAGAUGGUGAUCCACUUCUAUUGUCACAUUUAGCACAGACUGAUAUGCUUGAUUUCAUUUUCAUGACUUUGCGUGAUGAAAAGCUGGAGAUGCAGGAACACGCUGUAGCCUUGCUUGGAAAAUUGGGCAGCUUGAAUCCAGCUUAUGUCUUGCCAACAUUACGAAGUGUUUUAUUGGAAACACUAUCUCAGUUAACUCACAGCGGUGUUCAAAGGCUUGAGGAACACAGCGCUCGUUUAAUUGCUCAGGUGGCUAAGCAGUCUCCAAAGUUCAUGAAACCAUAUACGAAUCCAGUAUUGACAGCUUUAGUUCCAAAACUAAGCUCUGAAGUCAGUCAUGUAGAUGUUACUGUACAGAUUUUGAAUGCUAUCAGUGAGUUGGCGGUCACUGGUGGUGCCGACUUGGUACUUUCUAUUGAGACGCUUUUUCCGUCUUUAGUUCAAUUUCUGCAGGAUUCGAGUAGUUUGAGUCGCAGAGAGGCUGCUUUGCGUACUAUGGGGCAGCUUUGUCAAAAUGCAGCAUAUGUUGUAGAGCCGUAUAAAAAUUACCCUGAGUUGUUGGACGUUCUUCUGAAGUUGCUAAGAACAGAAAUGAGUGUAUCAAUGCGUCGAAUGACUAUGAGAGUCUUGGGCAUUAUUGGAGCUUUGGAUCCAUUCAUGCAUAAAGUUUUCACUGGUAAAGUUUCCUCUCAGAAAUCAAAUUCAUUGGCCUUAUCAUUACCAGCAACGUCUCCAUUGUCAGAUAUGAAAAAUGACAUUAUUCAGUGGUUUCAUUAUGAAAGAUGCACUUUAUCGGAACUGUAUCCUGCAGUUUCGAUAGCGCAUUUGAUGCAAAUGCUGAAUGAUGAUGCACUCAGUCAUUUGCACUGUGAUAUUACUCAGGCACUAUUAACUGUAUUUGGCAGCAUUGGUCCAAGUUGUAAUCUUUACGUAGAUAAGGUGAUACCUCGAUUGAUUGAAGUAAUACAAGUAACUAAUCGGCCUGAUUUGAAACAGUUUUAUUUUCAACAGUUGGCUAAUUUUAUUGCAAUAAUUGGUGGAAGCAUGAAGCCUUUUAUGCCGAAAUUGUUUGCUUUAGUCAGAGAAUCAUGGUCAGAUGAUAUAGGCAUGCGACUUACUAUUGUUAACGUCAUGCAACAAAUUGGUACUGCAUUAGGCGCUUCUUUUGCGCCUUACAUUCCUGACUUUUGUCCAUAUCUUUUGAAAAUUGUUCAGUCAGAUCGCACUAUGGAUAGAGCCAUCACUUGCGCUGUGUUCACAUGUGUGCAGUCAAUAUCAAUGUGUCUGGCUCCGCAUAUUUAUCUUGUUUUGCCACCCAUUUUGUCUGUGCUUGGUGAUAGAACCAUCAAUGUUGAGGUGCGAAAAAUUGCAUUAGACACUGUUUAUCGGAUGGCUGAAACUAAUUGUAUUCGUGAACAUGCUCCGAGAAUAAUGCAAGUUUGGUUGCGAGUUAUUUCCGUUCCUGUAAUGCAACAAAAAUUGUUGCUUUUGUUAGUGAUCAUAGUUCGACAAAUGUCGAAACAAUUUCUAGUUUUCCGCAAAAGUGUUGAUAACGCCCUUAACCGGCAUAAUUUGCACUGCGAAGACUACAUGAAGCUUAUAUUACAACUCGAUGAAGGAAGCGCCAUAUUCCCUUUGCAGUAUCCAGCUUCUAAUCAAAUAAAACAGUUUCUUACGUGCACUCGUCAUGAAAAAGGACAACGGAUUAAUUUUGAUGAUUGGGAUCAGUGGCUUAUUUUGUUGCGCAUUCAGUUUAUCCGGCAAAGUCCUUCUUCAGCUCUUCGUGCUUGUGCUCCUUUAGCUGAUGUUCAUAUGCCGCUUGCAAAAGAUCUCUUCAAUAUCGCUUUUAUGUCCGUCUGGACAGAUUUUGACGAAAGGCAGCAGAUGGAUUUGGAAACUAAUCUUAAAUAUGCUCUUGAUUAUAGUAAUCAUACGGAUAUCAUACAAACGAUACUAAACCUUGCAGAAUUCAUGGAUCACUCGGAAAAAGGGCCCUUGCCUGUGGGUAACGAGCGGCUUUGUAAAUGCGCAGAACAAACUCGCGCUUAUGCCAAAGCUUUAAGAUAUAUUGAAUUAGAUAUUCGUGAGAAAUUCAGCAAAAAUCCGGAUGCGGAGCAUUGCCGUUCUCUUAUCACAUUUGCUAAUAAAUUAAAUGUUCAAGAAGAAGCGGCUGGAAUUGUGGAGUUUGCUCGAAAACACAAUAUGGAAAUUGGAAGACAAGGACGCUGGUAUGAAAAGCUAAAUGAGUGGGAGAAGGCUUUGGAGAUAUAUAACAAUGAAACUUGUAUCACUGAUGAGCUGUAUGAGCAUCAGAUGCGAUGCUUAGAGGCAUUAGGACAGUGGGAUGAAUUGAAUGAUCUUGGAAAAAAAGCGUUUGCGGAAGUCGGCGCCUCAACAAAUGCGAUCAGGAAACAAAACAUGGCAAUUACUGCAGCAAGAGGUUGUUGGGCGAUCGGUGAUUGGGAAGCAAUGAAGAAUUAUGUCUCACAAAUAAAUGAAAACAAUCAGGAUGGUUCGUUUCUUCGAGCUGUAAUGGCCAUUCGAAAUGAACAAUAUCGGGAUGCAAUGGCUUACAUUGAAAAAGUGCGAGACAUGUGUGACACUGAAUUAACAGUAAUGGUAUCUGAAAGCUAUGAAAGAGCAUAUGGAGCUAUGACUCUUGUGCAACAGCUUACUGAAUUAGAAGAAGCUAUCGAAUAUAAAAUGUGUCCUGAUCGUAGGACACGAAUUGCAGUUGUUUGGAGUCGCCGUUUGCAAGGAUGUCGACCAAAUAUUGAACAGUGGCAAAGGCUUCUUUUGGUGAAAUCCUUAGUGCUUUCACGAAGUGAUAUGCGUCCAAUGUGGAUUAAGUUUGCUUCUCUUUGUCGUCAGUAUGGAAAGUUAUCAAUGUCGCGUCGGAUUUUAGCAGAUUUACUUGGUUUAAAGAGAAGUGAUCAGCUACAUGAAAUACUAAAUUUACCAAUGGAUAAGCCAUCUUUGGUUUUGGCUGUUUGCAAGCAGUAUUGGGCAGAGAAUCUAACGCAUUUGGCUUGUACCACCCUCGAAACAUUAGUCAAUCAAUUUCAAACUGAAAAGAGAGAGAUGAUAAAAAAUAUGGGAAUGAGUCGUUUGGUUGCAAAAUGCUGUUUGAAACUCGGUGACUGGUACGAUGUUCUACCUCAAUCCCCAAAAGAUGUACAACCUUUUGUUGCGCAGCAACAUCCUCUCUCUCUUGAUACUUCUCAGCAACCGCUACUUAAUCAUGGCUUUAUCAUAAAUAUGCCUUCCGAUGUUCUAAUGAAUAAUCACGCCGAAACUCCGCCAGCGCUUUCGCCCAAUCUGUUCGAUCUACAAAUCUUACAGCCCUCAGCAACGCCUCCUUCUCUGACGCAGACUAUGAAGCUCUACUCAGAUGCUACUACGUUUGAUCCAACUUGGUACAAAGCAUGGUAUAAACUUGCAUCAGCAUAUUUCAAUGCAGCUAUGUAUCAGACACAGGAUUCGUUUUCACCGGGACCUCCGCCUCCUCCUUUUAUUGGUUUUAUGCCCAGUACACCCAUAUACGAUCUUCUUCGUACCACGGAACAUGAAGAAACUUCGUCUGAUAUUCUUCCUUCACAGCUGCAUCCACCUCCAUCUCUUCCCACUUCAACAAUUUCAAAUUCUACCUCCCCUGUAUUCAGCAAGUCAACGAUAUUUUUUGCUAAACAAGCGGUUUCUAGCUUCAUUAAAGCUAUUACUUUGGCUGAAGGAUCUCGAUUGGAAGACACACUACGAUUUUUAACUUUGUGGUUCAAACAUGGUGAUCAAGUAGAAGUUUUUGAAACUAUACAAGAAUCAUUAAAAUUAUUGCCAGUUGAGAUGUGGCUUGAGGUGAUUCCACAGUUGAUGGCACGAUUAGAUUCCCAACAAAAUGUUGCUCAGUUAGUCAAGGAAGUUGUGAUUGACUUGUCAAAAGUUCACCCUCAGUCUUUGGUUUAUGCUCUUACUGUUGCUGCAAAAUCAACAAAUUCGCGACGUUCAACCGUUGCUUCCGAAAUAUUGAAUAUUAUGAGUGAAACAGAGUCAACGCUUGUUGAACAAGCUAAACUUGUUAGUGAUGAGCUUAUCCGUUGCGCUAUUCUUUGGCAUGAGCAAUGGCAUGAAGCACUUGAUGAUGCAUCAAGGCUCUAUUUUCAGGACAAAAAUGUAAAAGCCAUGAUUGACUUGUUGAAUCCCUUACAUGAAAUGAUUGAACGUGGUGCAACUACGCUUAAGGAACAAUCUUUUAAACAGACAUAUGAAAAUGAACUCAAAGAAGCAUGGAAUGCUUGUCGCUGUUAUAUGCGCUCUCAGAAUGCUAAAGAACUUAAUCAAGCCUGGGACUUGUACUACAUUGUAUUCAGGAAGAUUUCAGCUCAACUUCGUCAGCUAACAUCGUUGGAUUUGAAUUAUGUUUCGCCCAGGCUAGUUAAAGCAAGAAAUUUGGAACUGGCAGUCCCUGGAACAUAUGAUCCAAAUGCACCACUGGUUACGAUAUCCUCGAUAAAUAAUAUAUUGCAGGUUAUCAACUCGAAACAGAGACCUAGGAAAAUAAUUAUGAAAGGAAGCGAUGGAAAAGAUUACAUAUUUCUUCUGAAAGGUCAUGAAGAUCCUCGGCAAGAUGAACGAGUGAUGCAGCUUUUUGGUCUAGUUAAUACUUUACUUUUGCACCAAGGUGACACGUCUCGUCGAAAUCUAACUAUCCAGCGUUACUCUAUUAUUGCUUUGAGUCAUAAUAGUGGACUUAUUGGUUGGGUUCCAAAUUGUGAUACUUUACAUUCAUUGAUUCGUGAUUAUCGUGAAAAAAAAGGGAUUCAAUUGUCAAUGGAACAUAAGAUAAUGCAAAGUUUCACGAACGAUUUGGAUCAACUGGCGUUAUUACAGAAAGUUCAGGUUUUCAAGCAUGCACUUGAAUUGACAAGUGGAAAUGAUCUACAACAGAUUUUAUGGCUCAAUUCCGAAAUUUGGUUUGACCGACGCACCAACUACACUCGUUCAAUGGCAUGUAUGUCUAUGGUGGGCUACAUCUUAGGACUUGGAGACCGGCAUCCAUCAAAUUUGAUGUUAGAUCGCGUUAGUGGCAAGAUUGUUCACAUCGAUUUUGGAGAUUGUUUCGAAGUUGCAAUGACGCGAGAAAAGUUUCCAGAAAAAAUACCAUUUAGAUUAACAAGAAUGCUUAUUCAGGCGAUGGAAGCUACAGGGAUUGAGGGUAAUUAUCGGAUAACUUGCGAACGUGUUUUACGUGUAUUGCGCUCAAAUAGAGAAAGCCUUCUUGCUGUACUUGAAGCAUUUGUGUAUGACCCACUUAUCAAUUGGCGAUUGACUGAAGGCAUCUUUAAUAUUUUUGGUGGCAAACGUCCACCUCCUGAAACGCUUCAAAAAGAUGGCCAAACUGAUUCAAAAGCAGAAUCAUCAUUAAAACGUAUAAGACAAAAGCUAGCAGGCCGAGAUUUUUGUCCAGAUGUAGAGUUUAGUGUGUCAGAACAAGUUGGCCGACUUAUUGAUCAAGCAAUUUUAGCUGAAAAUUUAUGUCAGUGCUACAUUGGUUGGUGCCCGUUUUGGUAG